AUGCCAUCGAGAUAUUUAGUUGUCGCUGUAAACCCACCCGUAUACCGACAACGGUACGGACACUAUGGAUUUGAUAUCAACCAUACCGUACAGUCGGAAAGAAUUUUGGUACGGUCUACGGCCGUAUCGAUAUCCGUAACGGACGACGACACAUCUCCCACCAUCCCGGAUACGAAUCGUUUCCCGGCUCUCUCCAGCAUUAUCGGAACUGCGGAUCACAUCAGUAGAACCAUGGCAAAAAAUCAGUCCUGGCAUAGAUUUCGUUAUCAUCGGCUGGCUUUUGCAUGUCCUCGACUGGAGAUCUCGCGCGUCUUGACGCAAGUGCCCACCGGCACCCGCACAACAUAUAACAACCACUUGCGCUCUCUGCGGGCGGAAGCGGUAAUGAUGGCGAUUGAGAUUUUAAGCUGUAGAAAGCACUCGUCGGCCCGUUUGUCGAGUUCCAUUCCGGGGGGACAUUGGAAUACGAAGAAAAGCAUACGUCUGGUCCUCCGAUUCCAAUAA